AGUCACUAAGUGUCAAACGCAAAACCUAAUAAGUACUAACUAUUGCAAUUGUAUAUGAUAUACGCGCUACUCCCGCCAUUGGAGUGCAUUUUUUUAUUCAAAAUUUUAUAGAAAAAUCGGGAAAUAUCUAUCUGAUAAAGUAUAAUCGCGCCGUCAUUUGUGAAUCAGAACGCUAAACAAUUGUGAUAAAUUUGUAUUCUCGCAAUAUUUAAUUUUUAAAAUAUUGGUUGAAGUAAUAAAAUUUUAAGAGGAAUAAAAAAAUGGCACAAGAAGCAGAUAUUCCAACAUUCAAGUGUGUUUUAGUCGGUGAUGGAGGUACUGGUAAAACAACGUUUGUUAAAAGACAUAUGACCGGUGAAUUUGAAAAGAAGUAUGUAGCUACUUUGGGCGUUGAAGUACAUCCUUUAGUUUUCCAUACUAACAGAGGAGCGAUCAGAUUUAAUGUUUGGGAUACUGCUGGUCAAGAGAAAUUCGGUGGACUGCGUGAUGGUUAUUACAUUCAAGGACAAUGCGCAAUUAUAAUGUUUGAUGUUACAUCAAGGGUAACAUACAAAAACGUACCGAAUUGGCACAGAGAUUUAGUGCGUGUUUGCGAGAGUAUUCCAAUUGUUUUAUGCGGCAACAAAGUUGAUAUUAAAGAUAGAAAAGUUAAAGCUAAAAGUAUUGUAUUUCACAGAAAAAAGAAUUUGCAAUAUUACGAUAUAUCAGCAAAAUCAAAUUACAAUUUCGAAAAACCAUUUUUAUGGUUGGCAAGAAAAUUAGUUGGAGAUCCUAAUUUAGAGUUUGUGGCAAUGCCAGCCCUCCUGCCACCAGAAGUCAAAAUGGAUAAAGAAUGGCAAAUUCAAAUUGAAAAAGAUUUGCAGGAAGCCCAAGAAACCGCUUUGCCCGAGGAAGAUGAAGAUUUGUAAACUUUUUGAGUAUAUAAGUGUGUUUGUACUUUUAAAUAAUAAAAGUGUCUCCACAAAUAUUGCUCUAAAAACAAGUUUAUGUGAAGUUAAUUUUAAGUUAAUUUAAUCUGUAGGAUAUGUUAGAAUUAACCAUUGUUUGGCAAAAUUAAUCAUUUUGGUAAUUAAAAUGUUGAAACAAUUCUACAUCUGAUAAAAAAAAUUAAGAAUUGUGUUUUCAAAUUAGAAAAAAGCAAACUCAAGAAUAAUUAAGGGAAAAAGGAUAAAAAGCUUUAAAACAGAAGUGAUCGCCAUAUUUAUUACAUAGAUACCUAGUUUUUUAAUUUUUGUGAACAGCUGUUCGAUUCUUGUAAGCAGCUAGUGUUGUGGAAAUAAAAAGCGGGUAUUGAAAAAAUUUCAAAAUUACAAAUUCAACUUACUUAAUCCAAUUUCACUAUAAUGAAAAAUAACAAAAAUCGGGAAAUUGUUUUCUUUUUUGGUUUGGAAAAAAACUAUCUUAUAAAUAUGAAAACAUUUUUAUUUAACUUAAUUUUGUUAUUCUUUUUAAAAUACAUAUUUUAAGAAAAUUAUAAUAAAUUCACUUCACAUACAAGAAUUUUUUAAUCUAAGAAUUAAAAAAACAAAAA